GUUUUAGGGGAACGAUAGCCGCUAUUUACCUAGACGUCAAACAUCUUACAGAAGAUGAAGGUAUCUCUGACGUCACUGCAGUUGAGGGAGCCUCUGACGUCACUUCUGGUAUUGUGUAUUAUGACGUGGACACUCACAUUAUGUACCGCCCGCGGUCCUAUUUGCAUGAAGUGCCAAAAUAUCACAAACAACGGUAACUGUAGCAAUAUCACUAGGUGUAACGACGGUGAGGGUUGUUACGCACGAGAAGUUAUAACGGCCACGGGGUCAGCUGUGUUACAAACAGGUUGUCUCGCCCAUCAGCUCUGCACUAUCCUGGAGAGUACAGCUGUCGGGAUCGGCAGACGGGACAACACGGGAGAAAUACGUAAACGUGACGUCACAUCAUGUUACAGAUGCUGUGAAAAGGAUUUAUGUAACGAACACAUUUGUGACGUAGUUCUGCCAACAAGUCCGAUUUCAACACAGCCCCCAAACUCUCUCGUCACCACACCCACACCAGGUAAACAGGUCACAUGUUUUAUCUGUUCUGAUGCCACGAACGUUACCGACUGUACGACAACAUCGACAUGCGCAGUAGGGCAGCAAUGCUACACCACACGUGCCUCACUCGCUGGGAACAUACAUUAUUCUAUGGGUUGUGAGGAAAGCAACAUUUGUCCACAUUAUUCCACUGUUCCAUCUGCCCAAUCACCUUUCUGCAAGAGAUGUUGUGAUUCUGACAGAUGUAACAUCAAACUGUGUGGGCUUCACUUAAUACCAGAACUUGUGACUAAACCAGUGAAUAGAACGUUGGAAGUAGAUGACGUCACGAGGCUUCGAUGUGAAGCAGACCAAGCCUCAAAUGCCACGCUCAGCUGGAUGUUUGAAUCGCCCUCGGGCUCCACAGUUCUCCCGAAGCCUGUAGCCUUCGGGAAAGGAAACACAACAGCAUUCUUUCAGAUCACACCCCAACACUUCGGUAAAUGGACUUGCAUAGCCACAAACAGCUUCGGCAACUCAUCGGCAUCGGCUUAUAUAACACACUUAUCCUCCACGUGAAGAGGAGAGCACACUUUAUAACUACCACCUAUUGUGUCUCUUUGUUUAUGGUGAGGGAUAAAAAUAAAUUUGUUUUGAAA